CAGCAUCCCUUCGAGCGGGACUUUGUCUGCAGAUUACUUUAACAAAAAGUUUCGUGACUUUCUCAUAUAGCUGCUUUUUGUUUACUGGUCAUGGCCUUUCAUAUUGAAGCGGAUCUACCACCCGGCCUUGCAUGCCUGAAAAAUGUUGAUGCCCUGCUUCGGUGUCCCAUUUGCUUCGACUUCCUCAGUAUUUCAAUGAUGACUAAAUGCUCUCACAACUUUUGCUCCUUGUGCAUCAGAAAAUUUCUUUCCUAUAAAUUGCAAUGUCCAAUUUGCAAUACACAAACAGCAGAACAAGAUCUAAGAAACAACCGUUUACUGGACGACUUGGUCGUGAACUUUAAAGCCGCAAGGCAGCAGUUGUCAAAAGCAACAUUCGACUCUCCUCCAAUAUCACCCAAGACCCCAGCCUCAGCUGUCAAAUGCACGACUCCCAGAGAGAGGGGCCAGAAGUGUAACAGCUCUGUUUUGAGUCACUUUUUCCAAAAGAGGCCGAAGACGUCUCCCACUAAAGAAGCCCAGCACGAAAGCUCUGUUGCUCAGUGUGUUCGGCAGGGGAAAUCAGAGAAUGCGCGCACUCACAAUGCAAAUGACGGCGACCUACAUUCAGCAACCGCUCAGCUUUCAGUGGCUGUGAAGGAAGAGCCGAUGGAUGUGGAGGUGCCAUCGAUCCAGGGUUUGAUGUCUGUCAAACAGGAGGACACAGGCUCGCACAGUAUCAGCACUGGGGUUGAGAUGGCACAUUCCUCGUCACCAUCGCAAGACGUCAAGCCCGUAAUCAAAGUGGAGUGCCCUGUGUGUUCUGUAAGCGUGUCACAGCAGUUUAUCAACAAGCAUCUGGACACGUGUCUUUCCAGAGGAGAGAAGAAGGAAAGCUUGAGGAGCUCCCUUGGCAAGGCGAGGCGUCCAAUGGGGAAGCUGGUGUACAACCUGCUCUCCCUGCAGGAGCUGAAGCGGAGGCUGAAGGAGUGCCAUCUCUCAGUGCAGGGCUCUCGAGACCAGCUGAUCAAAAGACACCGGGAGUUUGUCCACAUGUAUAACGCCCAGUGCGAUUCCCUAAACCCAAAAUCAGCUGAGGAUAUUGCCAAAGAGCUGGAGGCCAAUGAGAAGAUGAGGAAUCAGCUGCAGGGGAAAGCCAAACCUGUCAUGGUUUUCUCAAAGAAUCAGUCUGAGAAGGAGAUUGAUGCGAUGCAUUCAAAUUACAGGAAGCAGCACAGCAGCGACUUUUCCCGCCUGAUUGCCCAGGUCCGGGGCCGCCUAAAGACCGCCCAACAGACUAGUGUCAAAGAGGAAGUCACUGCAGAAGGAGAGGAAUCAACAAAAACACACUCUGCAGAUCAAGUCUUAGAAUCAAAAAGCUGCUUAGUGAUGACGGUAGACGAUGGGGAAGCUGACAACGAGCCAUCUGCGAGAAGGAUUGAAUUGUCGCCCAGCUCCACUUAUAGUGAUGUGUCCAUCAGCAGUUCUAUUUCAGACAUCUUUGGUCCAGAGCCUGACAGAAACUUUGAAGACACGGAGAGGACCUCAGUCCAAAAGCGAACGUCCAGCUUGAGAGGAGAUGAUGCAGCUUCAUCGCCCGUCCCUGGAAAACGACGGCGUAAAACGUUACGACUGACGGAGGAAAGGGAAGGAGGAGAACAAAAGAUCUCUCGUAGAUCAAACCAACGCCAGUGAACUUGUGACUGACUUUCCAGCACAUGAAGAAGUGAUUUUUUAUGCACAUUCCUGUCCAGCAUUUCAGGGGAGUUUCUUAAGAUGCACUGUUCAUUUAUUGUUUCAAGGUGUGAAUAAAUGUCAUAUUUUAACAUG